AUGAUCAGUGUAGCCCCAGCAGUGCCACCUGUCAGUGUCCAUCAGUGCCACCUGUCAGUGCCCAUCAGUGCCACGUGCCAGUGCCCAUCAGUGCCACAUAUCAGUGCCUACCUGUGCACAUCAAUGCCACAUAUCAGUGCCCAUCUGAGCUGCCUUUCAGUGUCACCCGUCAGUGCCACCUAUCAGUGCCACCAAUCAGUGCUGCCAAUCAGUGCCACCUAUCAGUGCACAUCAGUGCCGCCUAUCAGUGCCCGUCAGUACUGCCUAACAGUGCCAGUCAGUGCUGCCAAACAGUGCCAGUCAGUGCCA